AUGUCGCAGCCAAUGAAAAGAUCGUUCAGCACGGAGGGCCACGCGUCCAGACGGGACUGGAAAAUGCGUCUUAGCCUUCGCAGCCGUAGUGGACACAGUAUGGAUGCCUUGCGUGGUAGGAGGUGUGCCUCUCUCCGCUCCGCCGGCACAUCUGUCCGUGCUGAUGAAUCUGGACGGACAACGCCAGCAGCCGUGCCGAGAGCCACUUCAUCACCAGGGGAGCAUCACACCCCCAAGAAGUCUAAUUGGGAGGUCAUUGAACAUUUCUCUUCCAGCCGUAGCAAGAAGACGCCCACAUCUGUGGAAACCGAGGGUGGUGUUGCAGCAUCCUCUCCGGCCCUACCUCUCUGCCCAUCUGGAAAACCUGACGUGGACAUCCAACCUCUACUUGAGCCAAGUGGGGACGCGGGGGGCGGCCCCUCUGAGGACGAAGAUGGCGAAGAGAUGAACGCCUGCGAAGCUUUUAUCAACAAGUGCCCGGAACCAAUGCGGGCUCUUUGCCUCUCACAUCGAUUUGAGAACCUCAAUGUGGAAAUGUUGUACCAGCGUUAUUUCCUCCGAAUGAACCAGACGAACAUGAUGACAUUGUUGGGACUCCUGCUGGGCGUGGGCGUGGGCCUGGUCGCUGUCCAAGUGAGAUCAUUGUUGUACGCGCAGAACUUCAUCACGGAAGCCCUCAAUAUUUUUACCAAUUUCACCAACACAGUACCUGAUAAGAGUCAAAGCAUCUCUACGGUGAACACAGCUUUUACGAAAACGAAUUCAACACAAGAGCCACAGGGUUACUUUGAGCGAGAGAGACUUGCCCACCUAAUAAACGUAGUGCUCUUCGGACUUGCUGCCUUGGUGUAUACGUGUCUUCUCGCGUGCCUUAGCAGACCCGCUAUGAAUGAAAUAUACUUGUUGACAAUCUCCUACAUCGUGCUGGCUACUUUUCUUCUGACCGAGAGCUCUUUAUGUGGAACCGCCAUACUACGAUCAAUGAACGUUAGCGUGGGGAUGUGUGCGCUGUUCACAUACGUGACUUACGCCACUCUACCUCUAAGGCUACACGAGGCUACGAUAGGCGGCCUAGUCCUUGGAGUCGUUAACAUUGGCGCGCAAAUCAUGAUGACCAAAUCAACUGACACCCAGAUUUUGUGUAACCUGGCAACCCUGAUCGCUUGCAACAUCGCCGGCAUCAUGACUCAUCAUCCACGGGAGCUGGCACAACGUCGGGCCUUUCUCGAAACACGAGACUGCGUCGAGGCCCGUCUUGUCACGCAACGCGAAAACCAACAACAGGAGCGCUUGCUGCUUUCUGUGCUGCCUCGCCACGUUGCCAUGGAGAUGAAGGCUGACAUCGCGAACCAGCCGCGGCAGGAGCAGUUCCACAAGAUCUACAUACAGAGAUACGAAAAUGUCAGUAUCCUGUUCGCGGACAUCUGUGGUUUCACAUCGCUCUCUGACCAAUGCACUGCUGAGGAACUGGUACGCCUGCUCAACGAAUUAUUUGCAAGGUUUGACCGUCUUGCUGCGGAGCAUCACUGCCUUCGCAUCAAGUUGCUCGGUGACUGCUACUAUUGCGUCUCGGGUUUGCCCGAAGCUAGAGACGACCAUGCCAAAUGCUGUGUGGAAAUGGGACUAGAUAUGAUCGACGCUAUUGCAUUGGUCCGUGAGGUUAUGGCUGUCAACGUCAACAUGCGCGUGGGCAUUCACACUGGACGCGUCCACUGCGUUGUGCUGGGCUUGCGCAAGUGGCAGUUUGACGUAUGGUCUAAUGACGUCACUCUCGCCAACUACAUGGAGAGUGGUGGAGUUGCCGGACGAGUACAUAUAACAAAAGAGACAUUGGCGUGUCUCGGUGAUGACUAUAAGGUGGAACCGGGAAAUGGGGGGCAACGAAAUGCCUACUUGAAGGACCAUAAUAUCGAAACGUUUCUCAUCGUUCCCGACGACACCAGCCGCGUGGAUAAGAAACCUCAACACAACUUCUCGCUAAACGGCAACAUUUCCAAGGAGAUGCGAGUCAUGGGCCACGGAUCUCAACACGGCAAGCAUUCGUCAAAAAUCGGGGUGGACGUUAGUAGCGAGAACAAAAAGCCUGAAGAUGAAGUUAACGAGUACCUGAUGAAGGCAAUUGACGCCCGUUCCAUUGACAGACUGAGGGCGGAACACUGUCGUCCUUUUACGCUGACAUUCCGUGAUAAUAAGCUGGAACGCAAGUACGUUUCGGAACGAGACAGAAUGUUGAAGAUCUACUUCCUGUGCUCAAUAUUCGUGUACAUAUCUGUGUUGUUUGUGCAGUCACUUGUCUUCACCAUCACUUUGACUGGCGCUAUCACGAUGAUCUUAUGUGCUUCUGUUGUACUCGCGGUCAGCUACGUCGUGAUCUGCAAUGACUUUAAGUUCGCGACGCCUCGUCUGCAGAGAUUUUCAGCUAGCAUCCAUAACAACCGCAAUCUGGCGCAGCUGAUGUCUUUUCUAGUCGUUGGUGCCGUGACUACGCAAAUUGAGGUCAUCAUGGGGAUACAUCUACUGUCAGACAAAGUAGUGAAGACUGAUGGAGAUACCUGCCCAAGAAGUCUUAAUGAGCACUAUCUUCAACUGACACUGCUGGCAAUGUUCCUCUGCGCUGCCCACCAGGUCCUCAUAACGAUUCUCAAGACGGUACUGCUAGUAUUCAUCAGUGCUACCUACGUUGCCGCUACAAUACAGAAAUACAUGUUCUACCAACGACACUACUCGCAUCUUCAGCACAAAUGCGCUGAUGAUUGGAACCAAGACUUGACAAAUAUCGUCGUGGCGGCCGGAGCGCUUGUGGCACUAUUACUACAUUCACAGCAAGAAAGCACAUACAGAUUAGAUUUCAUAUGGAAAUUGCAAGCUAAUGAGGAAAAAGAAGAUAUGGAGCACCUGGAAGCGUAUAACAGAAAGUUACUCGCCAAUAUCCUACCAGAACACGUGGCGCAGCACUUCCUCUGCAGCGAUAAAAAUUUCGACGAGCUGUACCACGAACAAUGUGAGUCCGUGUGCGUGAUGUUCGCAUCGAUUCCGAACUUCUCCGAAUUCUACGUGGAACUUGAAGGGAACAACGAGGGCGUUGAAUGCCUCCGCCUCCUGAACGAGAUCAUAGCUGACUUCGACGAAAUAUUGGCUGAGGAACAGUUCAAGUACAUUGAGAAAAUCAAGAGCACAGGCGCAACGUAUAUGGCGGCAUCAGGUCUGACGGCAGCGACGAGCGACGUGCGCGGAUUCCGCCACGUCACCGCAAUGGCUGACUACGCACUACGUCUACGCGAACAGUUGCAGUAUGUCAACGAGCACUCGUUCAAUACCUUCAGGAUCCGGAUCGGGAUCAAUAUUGGGCCCGUGGUAGCUGGUGUCAUUGGCGCGAGGAAGCCUCAAUACGACAUUUGGGGCAACGCCGUGAACGUGGCUUCUCGGAUGGACUCCACUGGCCUGCUCGACCACAUUCAGGUAACGCAAGAGGUGUACGACAUCCUGUCGAAGCGAGGGUACAAACUGCGCUGCCGGGGCACUAUCGACGUGAAGGGCAAGGGCAACAUGCUGACCUUCUUCCUGGACGGUGUUGGAGAAACCACUAUUGUGACCAGCAAUAACGAUAUCUAUACCAAUCCGACGCCAUCGACUUCGGGGUCUGGUGGUGGUGGAAACCAGGAGAAGCCCGACCAUCGUCCGCUGGAAACGCUCUCUGAAGGCCACACUGAUGAGGAUGGGCCCACACCAAGGAGUUCUAUUCCUAAAGAUGAGCAAACCGGAGCGGCUAGUCCUAAAGUCUCGAACGAAAAGAAGUCUUGGGAUAGCCUAGCCAGCGCCGUUCGAGCGAGGGUAAUUAAGCAUAUGCAGCGCCCCCUCUCCCUCGCCGACAACCCAGGCCUCCCGACCUUCAUCAGCCUCCUACAAACCAAAGCUUACUCGACCGACCUGGGUGCUGCCGGUUACUUGGGAGCUACCAGGUCCAAAUCCAAUAUCUCCCUCAACGUGAAGAAAUCGAGCAACGAAACGUGGAGCAGCGCUGAAAUCGGCGAGCUGGACAGAGAAGUCCCGCAACGGGCCGCGAGUCUAGCAGACUUUCUAUUCAGGCGAAAACCAAAGCCUAAUACCGCUUCAGUAAAUAUAAUCGAAAAUCCAAUGAACGCGGUCUAA